AUGAUUCGUAGCAGGCAGUGUGUACCCCAAACAUCCCUGUCAGCCCCCUCCCCACCCUGUUCAUAUACGACUCAGGAUGAAUUCCUCAACUCGAUGAUAGGAGGGAGGCCUGUGGAGGGGAGGAAACGUAUUGGAAGAUGGUGAGAACACACAACACACACAGCAGGAUCACACACACACACACACACACACACACCACACACACACACACACACACACACAGACACACAGACACCACACACACACACCACACAUAGACACACCACACAGACACACACCACACACACCACAACACAUGCAGGCAGGAUCACACACAGACACACAGACACACAUACACACAGACACACACACACACAGACACACACACACACACACACACACACACACACACACAGACACACACACACACAUGCAGGCCAGGAUCACACACACACACACACACGCACACACACACGCGCACACAGACAGACAGACACAAAUACACACACGUACACUACCGUUCAAAAGUUUGGGGUCACUUAGAAAUGUCAUUUUUUUCCCAAAAGAAAAUCAUUUUUUUGUCCAUUAAAAUAACAUAAAAUGAUCAGAAAUACAGUGUAGCCCUUGUUAAUGUAUUGUAGUUGGAAACGGCAGAUUUUUUAUGGAAUAUCUACAUAGGCGUACAGAGGCCCAUUAUCAGCAACCAUCAGUCCUGUGUUCCAAUGGCACGUUGUGUUUGUGCUAAUCCAGGUUUAUCAUUUUAAAAGGCUAAUUGAUCAUUAGAAAACCCCUUUUGCAAUUAUGUUAGCACAGCUGAAGGACUGUUGUGCUGAUUAAAGAAGCAAUACAACUGGCCUUCUUGAGACUAGUUGAGUAUCUGGAGCAUCAGCAAUUGUGGGUUCGAUUACAGGAUCAAAAUCGUCAGUCUAUUCUUGUUCUGAGAAAUGAAGGCUAUUCCAUGCGAGAAAAUUGCCAAGAACUGAAGAUCUCGUACAACGCUGUGUACUACUCCCUUCACAGAACAUCGCAAACUGUCUCUAACCAGAAUAGAAAGAGGACUGGGAGGCCCGGUGCACAACUGAGCAAGAGGACAAAUACAUUAGAGUGUCUAGUUUGAGAAACAGACGCUUCACAGGUCCUCAACUGGCCAGCUUCAUUAAAUAGUACCCGCCAAAACACCAGUCUCAACGUCAACAGUGAAGAGGCGACUCCGUGAUGCUGACCUUCUAGGCAGAGUUGCAAAGAAAAAGCCAUAUCUCAGACUGGCCAAUAAAAAAGAAAAAGAUUAAGAUGGGCAAAAGAACACAGACACUGGACAGAGGAAGAUUGGAAAAAAAGUGUUUAUGGACAGACGAAUCGAAGUUUGAAGUGUUCGGAUCACAAAGAAGAACAUUUGUGAGACGCAGACCAAAUGAAAAGAUUGCUGGGAGGAGUGCUUGGUGUCACGCAUGGUGGAGGCAAUGUGAUGGUCUGGGGGUGCUUUGGUGGUGCGUAAAGUGGGAGAUUUGUACAGGGUUAAAAGGGAUCUUGAAGAAGGAAGGCUAUCAAUCCAUUUUUGCAACGCAAUGCCAUACCCUGUGGACGGCGCUUGAUUGGAGCCAAUUUCCUCCUACAACAGGACUUUGACCCAAAGCACAGCUCCAAACUAUGCAAUAACUAUUUAGGGAAGAAGAAGUCAGCUGGUAUUCUGUCUAUAAUGGAGUGGCCAGCACAGUCACCGGAUCUCAACCCUAUUAAGCUGUUGUGGGGGAGCACCUUGACUGUAUGGUACGUAAGAAGUGCCCCAUCAAGCCACUCCAAACUUGUGGGAGGUGCUUCAGGAAGCAUGGGGGGAAUUCUCUUCAGAUUACCUCAACAAAUUGACAACUAGAAUGCCAAAGGUCUGCAAGGCUGUAAUUGCUGCAAAUUGAGGAUUCUUUGACUAAAGCAAAGUUUGAAGGACACAAUUAUUAUUUCUAUUAAAAAUCAUUAUUUCUAAACUUGUCGAUGACUACAUUUCCUAUUCAUUUGCUAUUAUUUCCUAUUCAAACUAAUUUCCUGUAUGUUUUCAUGGAAAAACAAGGACAUUUUAAGUGACCCCCAAAACUUUGAAACAGUAGGGGAAAAGGGGAGAGAGAGGGAUAGAGAGAGAGCAGGAGCAGGCGAUGAGAGAGAGAAGAGAGAAGAGAGAGAGAAGCGACAGAGAAGAGAGAGAGAGAGAGAGAGAGAGAAAGAGAGAAGAGAACAGAGAGAGAGAGAGAGAGAGAGAGAGAGAGAGGAAGAGGAGAGAGAGAAAGAGAGAGAGAGAGAGAGACAGAGAGAGGAGAGCAGAGGAGCGAGAGAAGGAGAAGAGAGAGAGAGUCUGCAGAAGGCAGAGCUUAGAGCUAGGUAGCCUCUCGCUAUAGCGAUAACUUCCCUCUCUAUCCUUCUCUCUCUCUCUCUCUCUCUCUCUCUCUCUCUCUCUCUCUCUAACCUCUGACCCCUCCUGCAGAACUGAAAUGGAUGUUGGCCCAGUCGGGAGCAUUUGUGAUUGACAGCUACGAGGCCCUAUACCAGGAGGGCACGCCCAUCAUGACGCCGUGUUCGGAACAGGAACAGGAAUACUACAGUGAUGACCAGUCUGAUCACUUUGACAACCAAGGGACCGAGGUGUAG